AAUCGCUGGUCGGGCGAUACCGGCACGACUGAUGGCACAUGUACCCUCAUCCAAUGGGCAAGCAGGCGGAGCCGCAAGGAAGAACUAAAUGAUGCCUAUGAGAUCUACUGGCUCGGGUCCCUUUGCGUCACAAAGUAUAGAAGAACCAAGGCGGCAUCGGAACUACAAAGAGCCACCCAACACUUUCGAGACGCGUUAUGUCGGAUGCCAACAGACCAUCCUCGGCGUCUAGACAUGCUUGAAGACCUAAGUUCUAGUUACAGUGUCCUAUUUCAAAUAACAGGAGCACUAGUUUAUUUGGAGAAGGUGUCGCAGCUCAGCCAGGAAGUCGUCGACCACACCCCACAGAACCAUCAGGAACGUCAACUUGGUGACGCUGCGCACCUAGAACUAGCCCUUGAAGUUUUUACCAAGACCCUCGAUGCUGCAAAAGAGAAUUAUCCGCGCCUCCACACCUGCAAUUCAAGUCUAGCAAUUGCAUUCAGAUACCGAUGUUUCAAGGACGGCAACAUGUUAGAUCUAGACGCGGCUAUCGGACAUUUUGAGCAGGCCAUUCACCUGGUCACCAUCGACUAUCACAAACGAGUACGCUGGCUUCAAGAUGUUGCCGCGUGCUACGGGAAGCGGUUUCGGAAAACACAAGACAUUGCAGAUAUCUCCCGAGCAAUUGAAAGAGCUGAAGAGUCCCUCGAAACGGAAAAGGACGACUUACUGGCUCGUGCACGUGGCUAUAGCGUUCUCGGAUCAAGCUAUGGACUGAAGGCUGAACAAACUGGUGCCAUGCAGGAUCUCGAGCUAUGCAUUCAAAUGAGCCACCGUGCACUGGCGAUACCACCGCCCGACUGCCCAAAUAGAGCGCGUCGUCUACACAUCCUUGGUGCAUGUUACGGCACCAAAUAUGGUAGAAUUGGGAUACCAAAGGAUUUAGAUAUCUGCAUUGACAGAUAUCGAGAGGCGUUAGACAACACCCCGCACGACAGUUCUGAUCGUGGACUACGGCUUUGCAGUGUAGGUGGUGCAUAUCUUGAUAGAUACCAAAGAUUCAAGUCUUGGGAAGAUCUGCAUGAUGCCAUUGAAAGAUUAGAGGAGGCUAUUCAGGUUACAGUUACUCCAAGCGACCAUCCGGAUCGCGCUCGUCGCAUCCACAGUCUCGGAAUUGCAUGUCAAGAACGAUAUCUUGGAACAGGAAAGGCAACAGAUUUCGUUAUUGCUAUUCAGUAUCUAGAAGAUGCACUCAACCUAACACCGGCCAAUGACCGCGACCGGCCCGCUCGCUUUGAUACCCUAGGAAGCAUUCAUCAUGCCCACUAUAAAAUACGUGGUGAGACAGCAGACCUUAUUAAAGCUCGAGACUAUUACCAAGAGGCGCUUCAAAUUACACCAAGAGGCCAUCCUGAUGAGAAACACAGGCUUGGAGGCCUCGCUACUUGUCAUCACGACUUAUUUCUAAGUGCUGGAUCUUUCGCAGACAGAGACUUGGCUAUUGACAAAUAUCGAAAGGCGCUUGAGUUGACGCCAAGAGACAGCCCCAUGGGCUGCCCUGGAGGCUCUGGCCAGGAUCUGCUUAUUAUCUACGCCGAUACCGACAGUUGGGCGUCUGGAUAUGAAAUUGCCUGGAAAACAUUAUCUCUAGUUCCACUAAUUACUCCUCAUGCCUUGAGAAACUCAGACAAGCAGGCUUUACUUACGAGUAUCGUCGGCUUGUCAUCUAUAGCGGCGAGUGUUGCCUUGAUGGCGAACAAAUCCGUCUUUGACGCAAUCUCACUUCUGGAGCUUGGCCGUGGGAUCAUCAUCGGCUCUUUGCACGAUAUGCAGACAGAUGUCUUAGACUUGCGCCAAGGCCAUUCUGACCUGGCGGAAGAAUUUAUCGAGCUUCAAGAGAAGAUACAUGGCCCAAGCGCGUUGGCAACCUUCGACGAACGCUACAAGGCAGGUCAGCAGUAUGAAAUGUUGCUUCAAAAAAUCAGAGACUUGCCCGGUUUCAGCGAGUUUCUCCUGUUCCCAGCUCAGGAUGAUGUCAAAGCCGCCGCUACUUCUGGUCCCAUUGUUGUUAUCAAUGUUAGCGCUUACAGGUGCGAUGCUUUGCUCAUUGAGCUUCAUCAGAUGAGGGCCUUGCCUCUCCCAGACUUAUGUCUAGAAGACAUUAAGGAUCGUGCAACUACCUUAACAUCCCUCUCUACGGAUACACUGGAGUGGCUUUGGGAUACUGUUACUUGGCCAGUGCUAGAGGCGCUGAGACUUGAUCAAGCGCCCGGGGAUAGUUGGCCUCGCAUAUGGUGGAUUCCAACGUGGCCACUUACCAGAUUUCCUCUUCAUGCGGCGGGCAACUAUAAUGAUGACUUAUUCGACACAGUUCUCGACCGCGUAAUUUCGUCAUACAGUAGCUCUCUCAAGGAAAUAAUAAACAGUCGACGAAGGGAUAAGACCCGCGAUGUACCCAUUGGCCCCAAAAAGGUGGUUUUGGUUGGCAUGGAAGAAACGCCGGGCCAAAGCCGUCUUGAAUUUGCGUCGCAAGAAGUCAAGCAAAUCGCAAAGCUUUGCAGCUUUUCUCAGUUCCAUGUCAGCAGGCCUAAGAACCAACGAGAAGAUGUCUUGGCUCAAGUCAAUGGCUGUGGCAUUUUCCACUUUGCUGGCCAUGGGAUGAGUAACUUAUCCAACCCCCUGAAACCUACUCCUUCGCGAAGGACCACUGACGGUGUCAAGGCUUCUCGAAACCAACCUGCGGAUCCAAAGGCCAUUCUUGGCCUAUCUUUCCGCCUGUGGUACAGGUCAGGUGAAGCAAAGGCGGCUUGCGGACGAAGGAAUUCACUUGAUGAACGCCUGUCAGUCAACGACGAGUCUUGCUUGCGCAUAGCCAAGUCAACAUAUGAGUGGAUCAUCAAGCAUAAUCUAAGCAAUGAUUCUAUCUCCGAGGGACUUCAUCAUGCAUGCAGGAGGCUACGGAAUGAAUGGAUGUCUAAAAAUUCACUCGAAGAUGAACAGUGUAGGGAACCAGGCGUGAAAGUUGGGGACGCAGACCCAUAUUCUAUUCAAGUUGUCCUCCCAAGCACAAAUCGGCCAAGAGACAGAAGGGAUAUCUUGUAUUGCGGUCAUUCGCCGCUUCUCUGGGUUCCUUAUGUCCAUUACGGAGUC